UCUGCUUGGAGUAGAAGAUGACCUUUUGAUCUCUUCGAAUGGCGCUUGACCUUUUGAUCUCUUCGAAAUGUCCCGCCUAAAAAACACUACGGAGCAUAACGCAGAAAAAUGAAAAGAACAUCGCUCCAUGGUCAGCCUGUCGAGCGUCAGUGAAUGCACAAUCGGAACCCUAGGCGUUAUCGUGAAAUGCCGACGUGGCAGAUUCUUUCCGAUGGUGAGAACACCUUCCGGUGGAAAUUGUCCCACCAAAAGCCGUCUAGCUGUGUCUUUGCUCCGCUGCCCCCUCCGGACUCUCAGCGCCUUCCCUCAAUGUCUGAUAUCUUGCACCGUCAAGUCUCAGAGAAGGCUUUCACUUUCCGAGAAGAAUUGGGGAAGUCCAUGGAAGUGAAGCAGACCUCUCUAGACAAAGCAGCAUCUGUUGUCCAGGAUGGAGGCACCGCAGUAUUUGGAGAAUGCAGUGGUAGAGACAGUGGGACUGGUUCUCUGAAUUUCAUGCCCAACACAGACUCAGAUAAUGCAAUCAAUCAUUAUAAACAUGCUUUCCAAAAUGGUGCAGGCAAAUCAGUAAAUACUUCGUUGUCAAUGUUUCAAACAGGGUCUGGUAAAGCAGUCACUAUAUCUCCAGCAGGGCUUGUAAGAGCCAGAAAGUUGUUGAACUUGAAUGAAACAGAGAGGUUUCAAGACUUCGAGCAGUCAAAUUAUAAUGAUGAGCCUUUUGAAUGGCAAUGUUCAUUUCCUUUACGAAAGAAUACUGAUGGGGAUAUUCCAGAUUAUUUUCACUCUGCACCUAAACCACAACCGAUUAAGUUUCAAACGGCUGGUGGGAGAUCAAUUUCUGUUUCUAAUGGUGCAUUGAGUCGUGCAAAAAAACUGCUUGGAGAUCCAGAGGAUAGCUGUUCCAUAGAGGAUAAAGAUUCAGCUUCUCCUGUGUUUUCAUUUUCUGAUGAAAGAAAGUCCAACUGUAACCAUUCAACUAUUAAAAGUCAGUCUUGUACUCCAUCACAUCAACAGUCAACACACAGUGUAGGUUAUUCUGGCAGGUUUACAUCUCCGCUGAAGUCAACUCUACAGAAAAGGCAGUUGACCGUGAAGCUUGAUAAUAUCCACCCAGCGAACAACUUAAUCAAGCAUUUUGAUGCAGUGGCAAAUGAUGGCGCAAACCAGUCAUAUAAUGCUAUUCAUUGUUGUCAAAACCUUUUACAACAGAAACCCAAUAUGAUGCCUUUAAGUUAUAAUGAAAAAGAUAUCUGUUCAAGUCACACAGCACCUCAAACAUCACUUCAAACAUCAUCAAUUGGGGUACUAACUGAUAUCUCAAACACUACUGCUGUUGGACGUCCAGAUGGCACACAAAAGAUUACUGAGAAGAGAAGACUUGGAAAUUGUUCUGUUUCUCCUUUCAGGAGGCCUCGCUUAGAAAAAUUUACUCCACCCCUGAACAAGAAUAUGCCAGUCAUUCAUAACGGGCUGUCAAAUUUAGCACCAAAGGAACCAACAUUUAAAGAAAGAGUUUCAGACUGGUACCCAUUUAAGGUUUCACGUUUGUAUAUGGAGGAAUACCUUGGAGAACCCCCAAGAUUCCAAAGCAAGCUAGUAAAUGUUGGAGAUCAGGUGAGAAGAAUGAAUCCAGAAACAGCUGAGUCAUACAUGUUCCAUGAUGAACAUGGCUCUACCAGUCUGGGAGCAGAUGCUUUUUUCCUAAUGCUAUCUCAUUGUGGAGCUUCACAUCAGUACUUUUCUAAAAUGUGGGUUGCAAAUCACUACAAGUGGAUUGUUUGGAAACUCGCAUCUUAUGAAAGAUGCUUUCCUGCCAAAUUUUCUGGAAAACUUCUGACAGUCUCUAAUGUGCUGGAAGAGUUGAAGUAUAGAUAUGAGAGGGAAGUACAUUAUGGCCAUCGAUCUGCAAUCAAAAGAGUUCUAGAAGGUGAUGCGCCAUCUUCAUUGAUGAUGGUGUUGUGCAUUUCUUCCAUUGGUCCAGUCUAUGGCACCAAAAAUAGACAUCAAGAUCUACCUAUUUCAUCAACAGGGAUUAAUAUAAACUCUACUUCAAAAAUAGAGCUAACUGAUGGGUGGUAUUCAAUUACUGCUGUUUUAGAUGGAGAGCUCUCGAAAAAGUUAGCUGCCAAAAAACUGUUUUUAGGCCAAAAACUCAGGAUCUGGGGAGCUGGCCUAUGUGGCUGGGCGGGGCCUGUUUCACCUCUUGAGGCCUCAAAAGAAUCUAGCUUAACAUUGCAUAUAAAUGGGACGUACAGAGCACAUUGGGCAGACCGCUUAGGAUUUUGCAAGGAUAUAGGUGUUCCUUUAGCAUUUAAUUCCAUCAAAGGUGCAGGAGGUGCUGUCCCUAUCACACUGGUUGGUGUUACAAAGAUUUACCCCGUUCUGUUCAGAGAAAGAUUAAGUAAUGGAGGAUACAUGGUGAGGAAUGAAAGAAUGGAAGCUAAAGCAAUAGAACAAUAUAACCAAAGAAGGUGUGAUGUUGCGGAGGGAGUAGCUGCUGAGUUUCAAAAGGAAAGUAUAGAUAUCAUUAUUGGUAAUGAUUAUGAAAGUGAAGAAGGAGCCAAACUCUUAAAGAUACUUGAGACAGCAGCUGAACCUGAUAUUCUUAUGGCAGAAAUGAGUUUAGAGCAGCUUAACUCGUUUUCUUCUUAUCAAGCUAAAUUAGAGGCCAAGAAACAGUAUCAUAUACAAAGAUCUCUUGACACAGCUCUGGAGGCUGCUGGUCUCAGAACAACAAGGGAUGUCACUCCAUUUAUGCGAGUUAGAGUUGUUGGGUUAAUCCGCAAAAGUAGUCAACAAAGGAAUUCCCCAAGAGAAGGCUUAAUUACCAUCUGGAAUCCGACUGAAAAGCAGCAAGUGGAACUCUCUGAGGGGCAAGCUUACGAAGUUUCAGGGCUUAUGGCACAAAGCUCCAAUUCAAGCACCCUUUAUUUGCAUGCAAAAGGAUCUACAUCAAAAUGGAAACCUUUAUCUACCUCUGGGAUUCAACAUUUUCAGCCAUUUUUCAUGCCCCGAAGAUCAAUCUCAUUGUCUAGCUUAGGUGAAGUUCCUGAAUCACGAGAAAUUGAUAUUGCUGCACUGGUCAUUUACGUUGGAGAGCUGUAUACAGUGGCUCAUCAAAAGAAACAAUGGGUGUUUGUAACUGAUGGAUCGAGAACUGCGUUGGAUACUUCAUUGUUGGCAAUUAGCUUUACUUUAGCAAACACCGAAAAUGAACUUUGUAAUCUUGUUGGAUCAGUGGUGUGUUUCUUGAAUCUCACUAAGAAAGAUAAAGAUGGAACAAACAAUAUCUGGGUGGCUGAGGGGACAGAAAAUUCAACCUAUCACUUAAAUUAUGAUCACCCACACUGCUCUCAUUUAAAUUGCUCCAUAGCUUUUCUCCAGGACUGGGUUAAGAAAUCUAGCUCGCGAAUCGAAAUAUUGAAGGGAAAAGUUUUGUCUAUUAUCAGCAAAUCAGUAGGUGUUCAAGAAUGCUGCUGAUAUUCUGAAGAUAUAGACUGAGACCGUCAACACCCUCCAUAGAAACAGAUACUUUAGGAACAGGGGCCAUUUAAUUUUGUUGCUUACUUUUUGCUGAAGUUAUCCAAGGGUAUUGGCUAAUUGACCCCUGCUCCAGGAAAAGCGACUUAUCUUUCAUUUCAUUUAAAUGUACAUUCUGAUGGUUACUAUUAAAAUCUCGAGCAGCUGGCCUCAUUUAUUUGCAGGCUGCUUUUCUUUUGUAAAUUUAAAUGUUAAAGCGGCUUAUCUCACUCUAUUUAAAUGUACAUUCUGAUGGUUACCUGAACAUUACGUAUUCAAUGUACGUACAUUUAGGCGACUUAUUAUGAUGGUUUUCUUUUGGUACAUUUAUAUGACAA